CCAGUGACCUUCUUGUUGUGAGGCGACAGUGAAUAUAGAUUUUAUAAUUAUGGAAAUGCGUCGAUGUACUGGUCAAUCUUAGUGGGACACCAUGUUCAUAAUUUUUCCUUGGCAUUUUAUUGGCCAGUGAAUAUUUCCUGCUUGUUGUAAAGCCCAUUUCAUAACUGUAAAAAGCGGCAAUUCAAUCAUGAGUUAACGUCAAAACAACUGCCAUAACAUAAUUAUCAAUAUGUGUACCUUUUUGGAUUAUCGGAAGCUAUGGAAAUAAAAAAUGUAGGCUAAAACAGGACAUACGCUAGCUCGGACUAGCCUAUUGUUAUUGUUUACAUCCCGGUUUCGUCACAACGUUAACGGCCGCGCGCUGAUCUGAAUAAGCUCGCAUAUCGAAUGUUCACUAGUUUGUUUUGUUUCUACUUCAUUCAGUGUACGAGUUUUGUUCAAGUUUUCUGAUACUUCGUAUAUUUAUGGAUCAAAAAAUACAAUUUCAACAGCCAAAUCCCGUGACAUGUGAUGCUGAAGACAUGUACAAAUACCCGCAAAAACCACCACCUCAUAGGAUGCCCAAAGGCACGCUGGACAGUGUCAUGGGUGUAGUGGAGAGAAGCGCAGUUUUCACCCGUCAGAGGGACAUCAGGCUGCCACCAAUCCCUGGCAUUAGUCAUCAUCUUGGGCCACCACCCGAGGUCCACCCCAGCCUCGAUGCCCAGACACAGACUGACAUUUAUAAACGAAUGAGAAGAACCAUUAGAGCCACCUUAUCAGAUAAAGCAAAGAAAAUUUUACAAAGUCGCUGUGAACAGCAGAAAAAGAGCAGCAUGGGUGUGAGAAAGAAAGCCACGGUCUCCAGCCGACCAAAGACUGUCAAGCUUCCACCUAGCUCUGCUCCACCAGUCUCUGUUCCACCUGAACCUGUCCCACUUACCCCUGUCCCACCUGGCCCUUCCACAGCUACAGGACUGCCUCCACAUCCAGCAGCUCAGAUGAGCGAGACUGCGGUGGACCGAAGCCUCGACACUGGGAAAGACCUUCCAGUCGUCGAGUCCUCGAAGAAAAAGAGAAACAGACCCCCAAAAGCCUCAAGGAGAGAUGAAGACAUGGGAUUUGAAUUGAUGGUCAUUUCUGAGAUGUGGUGGGAAAUCGCAGACGAAAUCAGGGAAAUUGAGGCUAAAAAGGAAAACAUCGUGAAGAAGGCAAACUGCUUGGAAAAAAGGUUUCAUGCCAGUGUUCGCCUCAUAGCAGAACAGCAGGAGGAAGAAAGGGAUCUUAAGCAAAUAUGGCAGAGUAAAAACAGCGGUUGCCAGAUACCUGUUUGGAGGAUGAAAAAUGAGCAGGUGGCGGAGGCCAUCGCAGAGAUCCACGAAAGCUUCGGUGAGAUCAGCUGUCCGUCUAUUCCGUAUAUAAUGCAAGAAGACAUUGAUCAGUGGUGUUCAGACGCCAGCAGGUUCGUUAGAAACACAAGGCUCCAAAAGACAAUACAGAGUGGCUUUCACCACAUCGAGUACAGUAAAAGGCAGCAGAAAAACGCUGAGAGGCAAGCCCGGCGGAGGCAGAUCCGACAUGAGAUCGCUCUCGCUCCUCCUGUAAAAAUAACUGGAAGAAAGCUGAUCCCACGCAGCCAGCCUCCGAAGGUUGUGGAGAAAGUAGUGAAGGUUAAGGAAGAGAAGAAUUUACUGUAUUUUUUAAACAAUUAACCGGACUGAAUUCUCACGUAUUGAAGAAGAAAAUGCCUCCGUCUUUCAGUGAAGAAUGAGGAAAUCCUCCUCCUCUUCCUUCACUGAACGACCAACUUCCAAAAUCCGAAAAUAGAAAACACAGCAUACACAGCAUGAUGUUUUUGUAAUGUCUUUCAAUUCUAAAGACAUUUUAAUACAAUUAUGUUAAUAAACAUUUCUUUUAAAGGCA